CUCGUUCUGUUCAGACGUGUUAGUUGAAUAGAACAACAUUACUCUUCUAACCUUAUUUCCAUGCAAUUUGCAGAACAGCUCUGUGUCUGAAACUCUAUUGUCGCAAUUAGGUUCAUGACAGUUGCCCAGGGUGUUCUCAUUGUUGAUCAGGCACUGCUCUCGCUUCAUCGCGUGUUAACCCUAUCAUCUAGUGUUUAUACUUACCAAAUUGUUGUGUGCUUGCACACAAUAAGGACUGUCAUUGCUAGCCUGCUCCUCGCAAGACUGUACGCAGCAUUGUGACACUCUGUCAGUUUCCAUGAAUCUCUUAUAGCGUGAACGCUGGUGGAUCGUUUGGCGUCAGCAAUUAUCGAAAGGAUGUACUCACAUUUGCCAUAUGCUUCAAGAAGCAGAAAGGUGUAUUCGCAUAUUGCUUAUGGUUGCAGUUCUUGAUCAUACACUUUUGAAGCGAAGGAUUCUCAUCACAGAUAUACUGCGUAGCCUAAGAUUAUUUCAGCUACGUUUAACCUGACUCUCCGGAUAUAGUUACGAAUCGGUUGUGUACGACAUAGCAGUAUGGGGUAUUCUUCCAGCACUUGUGCUGACAGUCUGGAAUCUUGCACUUCGAUAGAGUCGCUACUUUAUUUAUGAUGUUUUGACGUGGCUGUUUAAGUUAGUGCUGGCACUGCAGCCUCAUCAACCCACAAUAUGCCUGUGAUGAUAGCAAUAGUCAUUCCCAUACGCGCUCCUGUGUUGACAAGACUCCUUUAGACAUACGUCGGUCAUAGCUUCCACAUCACGUCUGUGUUGCAAUUGCUGCAAAAUAAUUAAGAUAAGAGCUAAGAACACCAGGUACUUGCAUGGUCGCGGUGGAUUGCACAGAAUUGCGAAUUUAGAGAAUGUCUGUUUGUGCAUCCCUUGUGUUCGCAAUUUUUCAACGUGGUAUCUCUGUUGAACUUUUCAGCGCGCGAUUUGAUAGUGUGUUCAUAACAAUGAUCGCCUCUGUAUAUUGCCUUACCACAGCUUUCACAUUUUUAAUACGCUUGCACGUCUUAGCACAUUUUCCAGUAUUACAUAUGCACAAUUCGCCGUGAGUGAUAUUCUCGGAUCUAGCUGUGAGGAUGUCGCGACAUGACGAGCAAUCGCAGUCAUCUUCAACAAUACCGGUCGUCCUUGAAAGACAUUCAAAUGCUGAUUUACCCACAACCUUUUUGAUUUGGAUUGAUUGAGAGAUUUUUUCAUCGUUUAUAUCAGAAUUAAUCACCGUGAUAUCAUCAUCGGAAUUAUCGUCCAAGUCGACAAUCAUAUCGUCAUCAAAAAUAACGAUCGCUUCUCCUUCAGUAUCCAUUUCUAGCGAUCCUAUCUCACCACCAGCCGCCUUUCUUGUGCGUUGGUCGCAAAUAGAUUUGAUCACCGUCAUGAACUUGGAAGACCAAUCCAAUGCUAUUUCGGUGACUUUGCUUGCAGGGGUUAUCCUUCUAGGGAACAAUAAAGGUUUUUCGUGGAUAGAAAGCACAGAAAGGUCGCUGAGGAGCCUUUCGACACCACUGUUAUUAUCCAUCAGCUCCUUGUAAGCAGCUGGCAUUUCACAUAAAUGAUAUGGGCUGGUGGAAAGACUGACCGCAGUCGAGCCAUUAUUUUGCAGAAUUGCAUAGGAUGCUUCUAACGAAUCGACAUCUCUUGACAGUCGGUCAUCACCUGCGAACAAGUGCAACGUGUGCCAUGGUCUACUUGCUAGAUAUUGGGGCAUACUACCCCCUUCUCCCGAAACGCCAUUCAGGUCAUCAAAUACGUUUAUUAUCUUAUGAUGAUGCUCUUCAGGUAUAAUGGCUUUGACCCAUUCGCUCAUGAUCUCGUUACUUGGCCAAUGAUCUUUCUUGAAUGUGUGGCGACAGUCUACUUCAAUAUGUUUGAAUUGGAGACCAUCGCUUGUUCCUUGAUCAAUGAUGUCUUUCAUGAGCGACCUAUUCCAACUAAUCAAAGACUUUGACAUCUUGUCGUCAGCUUGAGUUUUGGCCAUGCUUUUCAUCAUUUGAUAUCUAGCGCAGUAAUACCUCGUCUCUAACGCGUGGACUCGUCCCAGCUUGAUCAGGGUAUCAGCGAACGUUAUCAAGGGGAAGCCAGACAAGCGCUUUGAACUAUCGAGCCAUAUCUGAUGGACUUCAUACUUGUUUAAUGGCGUGACUAAAAGCGUUUUGUUUGCAAAAGCUGAUGAAAAAAAGGUCUCAUCUUCGAUCAACCUUGUUGCACGUAGUUCGUUGACAUAAUAGAUAACCUCACUUCUGGUGUUACGUGUGAAUGUCACGCGUUGACUAGAUGGAUGAAGGUGCGAUGACAACGUCUCCAUCAAAACAGCUGCCUUCCUCAGAGAUAUCUCUUGAAUACCAGAAGCAGCCAGGUUUCUUACAGCUAUACGUACUUGCGCCCAGUGCAACUCCACGGAGCCCUCAUAACUAGAGAUUCUGGUCCUUAUCUCUGGAAGUUUACCCUCCAGAACAUCGAGGGUAGGAGAUCUUACUCUGUAAUGGAUUGGAAACUCCUCUGUUAUGAUGUUUUGGAAGCGUAUGUUUUCUAUCUCCGUGUUAUUCGCGGUAUAUGCUAUAAACACUACUCACGUUCAUCUAUGAUUUUGCUUAGAACGGACAUACCUAAAGCUCUAUUUCAGUAUAUUUGUGGUGAUUGCGCCUGAAAAAGUUGAAUCAUGAUAUAAUUUUCACGAUGACGACAAUGCAGUCUUCAAUAGUUACGACGAUGGCAACAACUCCAGACUAUUGCAUUGAACCUGGCUGCAGAAAUUUGAAAGCAGAUGGUACACCUUACUGCUCCCAAAACCAUCGCCAAUUCAAAUUACAGUAUGAAUUUGACCACAACGAUAAACAUGGUACAUGCAUGGAACCAGGCUGCAACCAUAAAGUGGCACUUGGAAACAGAUUCUGUACGUUGGAUCAUAUAUACCUUAAUGUAAACAUGAACGACCUGAUGUUUGAGGACCAUGUCAAUCAAUCGACUUCACCUAUUUUGCCUGCUAGAAGAGGAGCUUUGAUAAUGAUGAUUGACCUCGACGCCGAUCCUAAAUCCAAAGAAUGCGCAAUGCCCAACUGCACAGAAGUAAAGGCUAAUCGUACUCCAUUCUGUAAGCGUAACAAGAAACAUAAGGCUCUUAUGUAUGAUUGGCUUGCACCGGCUGAAUUUACCAAAUGUUUCACUGAAGGCUGUAUACAUAUUGCACAUUUGGAUACCCCUUUCUGUGCUGUUGUACAUAAGACAGAAAGCAAGCAAUACAGCAUUGACAAGAAGGGUCGCAAUAAAGAGUGUGCUUAUGAUGGUUGUGAGCAUUUGGCAUGUAGCAAAUACGGUUACUGCUACUUUCACGACACUUACAAUCAAUCGCUGGAUGACUAAGCAAAGAAGGAGAGGUGGCAUCCUGAUC